ACAUAUUCAGUUGAAAUUAUAUUUUGAACGCAACACAAAGUUUACACAAACACAGUUCAAGUUCAAUAUACAUACCUAUAUACUUAAGAUCAUGGCCAACAUGCAUACAGGAAACGUUUUGGAUAGAGAAUUCGACGAGUUUUGGUCAAAUGUCAAUUGUUAUGCUGUCGUGGACUUUGCGUAUGACCAAAGAUGCAAGUUUGUGAGAAGUGCAAAUAACUGCAUACAAGGCACGAAUUUCGUGCCGUAUAUGCAAUUGUUGGCAUGCGAUUUAAAAUGUGAAAACCAUUUUGAAGAGAUGGUCUAUGUGACAGCCUUCCUGCUUUUUUCCUUUGAGUUGUUAAUCUGCAUGAGCAAUGUGGCGCAUAAUUAUUACACUCCGGCGUUGAAGGUCGUUUCCCGAAUGCUUCACAUGAACGAGCAUCUGGCUGGCGUGACGAUCAUGGUACUUGGCAACACACUACCAGAUCUGUUUGCACUAUUGUGGACUAUUAAUGACGAUACACCCAUGUUCGCCAAUUGCCUUUCUUCGGCAUUAUUUGUAACUAUGUUCGCGGGGGGAUUGGUAUGCUAUAUGAGUCCAUUUAAAAUGAAUGCAUAUGAUACCGUACGCGAUCUAGUCUUCUCUAUCUUUGGCGUGAUGCUGCUUGAGCUUAUUAUAAUCAGUGAUGAGACGGUUUCGCUCGCUGAGUGUAUCCUUCUGGUGGCGGUGUACGUCAUAUACAUAGUUGUCACCGUGGUCGAUGUGUAUAUUAUGAAACGUGCCGUAAAAGCUUUGGCACGCGAAAUCAACGCACUGUACGAAUUGCCACAGUCAGAAGAGGUUAAAGAAAGGCGCGAGACACUACAAAAAAAAUAUGACGUCCUUUCUGAGGAUGAUCGCGUAACUUUAUUGCAGCGCAAAACGACGUAUCCAUGUGAUCGAACUUUCAGCUUUAUGACAAAAGUCGGAAUGGAACGUGUCAGUAUUGACAUGGAGGCCAAGCGCAAUACAUAUUACCCCAUGGCCCGAAACAAGAAUCACCGUCUCUUUACGGAAUUCUUCUCUGCAAUCCAGCCCAUAAAAUUAAAUGAAUGGCGCCAGGCUACCAUGUUACAUCGCGCCUUCUAUAUAGUUCGGGCUCCUGGUGUGUUUUUAAGUGCCAUUUAUAUACCCUUGGUGGAUUACGAGCUGGACAAGAAUGGCUGGAGUAAGCUGCUUAAUUGCAUACAAAUUUUCCUUAACCCAGCGGUUACAAUCACAAUGGGCAAGGCCAUGGUAUUUAGGGAAAAAUCGAAGCUUUGGUAUUAUAACGUACCAAAUGACGUAAAAUACGGACUUUACUCCCUGGUGGUAACAGUGCCCAUAGCCAUAGCUGUGUUUGUUCAUUCGAAUACAAGUGCCCCGCCGUCAUAUCACUGGAUGUUUACAGUUCCCAAUCUUACUGGAUCCAUUUUUCUGAUGUUUCAGUGCUCCACCGAAAUAACUGUAAUAACGGAGGUCCUUGGCCAUAUGUUAAAAGUACCUAAUGAUUUUAUGGGUGCCACUGUGAUAUCCAUCGCCAUCUCCUUGAUUGAUCUUGUAACGAUAAUGUCUAUGACUCUGCAGGGGUAUGAGAAAAUGGCGUAUGCAGCAGCCAUUGGGGGUCCAUUCUUUAAAAUUCUGCUUGGUACAGGCAGUAUGUUUGCCGUAAAGAUUUAUUUAGGCCGUAGUACUUCAAUGAAUGCUUUGAUUGGAGCAUAUGGGGAAAAUGCAUUUGUCCUGUUGAUAUUAGGUCUGCUAUCGACGCUGCUUUGGACAUCGGUGUUGAAUUUUCAUGCCCGUCGCUCGGUGGGACUUUUCUCCAUGUCCAUCUAUGGUCUGUUCAUUAUAUUUAGCACGCUUGUUAGAUUUCAAAUAAUCCACCCAUACAAUACGGAUGCCUUUCUCGCCGAUUCCCAUGCAGUUGAUUAAAAAAAAAUUAUUUAUUAUUAUAAUUAUAAUGUAAACACAUAUGCAGUUGAAAAACUGGCCAGACUUGAAAAUAUAGCUGUUAUAGAACACUUGAUCUUGUA